AUGUCAGAAAGUCCCAUUACUUACCGUUACGGCCGUGUGGAGGAUGAUGAGGCGAUCUCUGAAUUAGGGGCACGUGUUUUCACCUCGACCUUCGCAUCGUUGCUGCCUCAGAAUGACCUAGCAUCCUAUCUAUCCGAGGCAUACUCGACGACAAAUAUCGCCGCCGACUUGAGAAACCCCUCGGUUACUUUUGUGGUAGCCACUGUUGAUAACACUCUCGUCGCGUUCCUCCAGCUCAGGCGUGACACGUCCGCAAAGUGCAUCGAUCAGAUGGAAAGCAAGAUUCAGUUGCAACGGUUGUAUGUUAGUGAAAAGUGCCAAGGACUGGGGAUCGGGAAGCAUCUAUUGGCGCGAGCAGAGAGGGAGGCUAGGGAUAUCGGAGCCAAGAAUAUCUGGCUAGCAUCAUGGAAGCCGAAUCACAAAGCUGAACGCAUCUAUGAGAGCACCGGAUACGUCAAGGCAGGGGAGAUAGCAUUCGCUUUAGGUGGUUCUACGUUAGAGGAUUGGGUCAUGGUUAAGUCGAUUUAAAUAUAGAAGAGCUCGUACGUCGGGGGGUUGUUGAAUAUCUGUGGCAUCAAAAACCAGACAUACGCAUGUAACAUGGGCGACUUUUAGGCAGGAUUACACCACGGCAGCCGACCAAUUCAUUUGGAACCUGUUGGAUCAAUAUGCCAUGACUGGUUACCUUAUCACCUGGCCAUAAAUACUCAAAUCGAGAACGGGGUGUUAC